ACAAAACAAAUAAGAUGGACCAAAACAAAAAAAUGAGAGGUCAGGUGAGGGAUGGGCAGAGGGCAAGGGUACAACCGGAAGUAAGGGGACGUGGAUGGGACUAGUUCAGAGGUUGGAUGUCAGGGCUGUGAGUGGUCGGCAGAGAGUUGAAGGAGGCCUGCCUCAUUCCCCAAGCUGCUGACCCAGGGUCUCACCAGGGCCUGGAUGAGGCAACUCCCUGGUAGGACCCUCUUUAUCCCCUAGCCCACCAGGAUUCUUCAGACUGAGAGAGGUUGGAAAGGCUAGAAGGGAAAGGGGAGGAAAGAAUAAAAUGGAAGAGGUGAGGCCUCCUUCCCGGUCUUGAUGCUGACCAGCCCUGCCUCCUUGGCUGAAAGCCUGUGGGGCUCCCCUGAACCCAACCAAGGCAGCAGCGCAGCCAGUCCUGGCCCCUGAGGGCUGUCUGGGCCUUCCAUACCCCUCUGCAUACCUUCCCUGCAGGGCUGGACUCCAGCCACAGCCCUCGGGGAAAAGUGUGGCUGCAGCUACAGCUCUGAGCUUAGAUAAUUCUCAUGUCAGCCCUGUCAUUCCCACAAAGGAGAAGAACAGAUGCUCCUGCCAUCAGCCAUAACCUCCUCACACAAGCUCCAUGUAAAGUUCUCCUGUCGCCAUGCCAUUCAGCUCUCUGCCUUGGACCUGGUACCCUGCUCUCUACCUUCACGCCCACCCAGUAUGAUCUCGGAGAUCUACAGAGGGAUCCUCCCUGAGCUCCUUCCCUGGCUCUGGGCCCCCUUUAGGACAUAAAGGUGUUUCCUCAAGUCUAUCCAUCUACCUCCGGCCUUCCUGUUCUGUGUUCAGUGCAUUUGGAGCAAUAGCAGAUGGUCCUUAAGCUGCAUAAGGGGAACAGAUCCCCAGUACCUCUCUCCCCAAGCUGCCUCCCUCCUGCUAGAGUCCCCCAUGUCCCCAGCUGCCCAGAAGGAGUUGGGCUCACCCAGCAGCAACACUGCUUCUCAGGCUCCCCGUCCACACAUGGUGACUGAGGUGCUGCUGCAAUUUCUUUGGCACCAGCGCCAUGUUCUCCUCCAGCUCAGUUAAGAGGAGGCAGGGACGUCUCUUCCUCAGGGGGAGUGGCUGUAGGAGCACCAGAUUGUGAGCAGCUGCAGAAGGCCCACUGCCCUUCUUCUCCCACCGUGCCCAGGCUGGGGCUGUCCCUGUCUGGCCCCAAGAGCCCAUCUCCCUUACAUUCACAUCCCCAGUGGGGGCCGUCAGAUGGGAAAUUAGAUCUUCAGAGCUGCUCUCCACUCCUCCUGUUCCACCUUCAGCUCUUGCUACCCAUAUUACUCCUUCCCUCAUCUCUCUGCAACCCUGACUUUGACUGUACUCCACCACCCACUGGCUCAGAGGGGCUGCCACUUGGGGGUGGGGGCUCUCCUGGGAGUUGGGAGAGCGGUAGCUUUCUCCUCCUGCCAAGAGCUUCUUGGUGCAUGGCCUGGAUCUCCCCCUGCCCGUCACCCAUGAGAGCUGUCUUGUCUCUGAAGGCAUAGCCAGCCCAGCCAAGAGGAAGCACUUUAGCAAUAGCGAUCCCUUCCCACGUGCUUUCAGAGGAUAAGCAUCUUGGGGAUGGGGACUAGGACAGGACAGAGGGCUAGGUUUAGAGUCUGGGGGUGAGUGUAAUGGAAGAAAAUGAGGCUAAUAGCUGGGGUUGGGAUUAGGCAUGGGGCUAGGGUAGGUGGGAACUUGCUGUGGGGAGCUCUGCAGUGUGGGGAGCCAAAAGGGGAAAAGGAACAUCAUGUUCCCAUCCUGCCCUCUUUCCCCUAAACAGGUUUUGGGAACUGGCAGAACAGGAGAUCGCUGAUCAUGCCCAAUCACCGUACUUCCUUAAAGGCCCCAGGCCCUUAAAUAACCCUGACCUCAGACCCCAGCAUCUUCCCCUUUAGGCAGCAGGCUUUGGAGUGGAGAGCUGGUCCUUACGCCCUGUCAUGGGGCUCUGCCACUUUGCCACUCAGGCGCUGGUCCUGUUGGUGCUGCUGGAGCCUCUGGCCCAGGUGGAUACCCAGAAGAUGAUAAGAGCCCAGUUUGGGGACCAUCCCAGAGCCUGCAACUCCAUCCGCUUCCUCCUGCUGCCUGCACUCCCUCUCAGCCACUGUAUCCAGUUCUCACAGAAACAGCAUCAAGUGUGCAGAGACAGGCGGCUUGAAGUCGGCAGCACGAAGUACCCGUCCGAGAAGACUAUAGCCUGGGCCAGAUACCCCCACAGGAUGGACUCGCUGCAGAAGCAGGACCUCCGGAGGCCCAAGAUCCAUGGGGCAGUCCGGGUGCCCCACUACCAGCCGCCCACGCUGGCCUCGCUGCAGCGCUUGCUGUUGGUCCGACGGGCUGCCAUGCUGAGCCACAUCAAUGAAGUCUGGCCCAACCUCUUCCUGGGAGAUGCGUAUGCAGCCCGGGACAAGUACAGGCUGACUCAGCUGGGCAUCACGCACAUCGUGAAUGUUGCUGCGGGCAAGUUUCAGGUGGACACAGGUGCCAAGUUCUACCGUGGAAUGCCCGUGGACUACUAUGGCAUCGAGGCUGAUGACAACCCAUUCUUCAACCUCAGUGUCUACUUUCUGCCUGUUGCUCGAUACAUCCGAACUGCCCUCAGUGUCCCCCGAGGCCGCGUGCUGGUACACUGCGCCAUGGGGGUGAGCCGCUCUGCCACAGUUGUCCUGGCCUUCCUCAUGAUCUGCGAGAACAUGACGCUGGUGGAGGCCAUCCAGACAGUGCAGGCCCACCGCGAUAUCUGCCCCAACUCAGGCUUCCUCCAGCAGCUUCAGGUUCUGGACAACCGACUAGGGCGGGAGACGGGCCGGCUCUGACCUGGUGGCAGUCAGGAUCCCAGACUCAACCGACCAGCCUGGCCCUGGGGACAGCAGUCUCUGCUGUUCCCAGUGACCUGCAGAUGUAAAUAGCAAGUCGGGGCUUAGCUGAGGCAGAGGCAGGGAGAACUGGCUGGUGACCUUUAGCAGGUGGAUUUCCCUGACCCAAUCCAAAGAUUCUUUAUGCAAAAGAGAGUUCAGUCUGUCUCUAUAAUAAAAGGUUCAUCAUAAUAAAGA